AUGGUUACUCUUCGCCGUUCGACUCGCCGUGGAACUCGUGUAUCUACUCUGGUGACGAAGGCGACCAAUCCAGCUCGACGAACAGCUCAACGAUCUAUUCCGACGUCGUCUGUUCCCGAUUCAUCUAUUCCGGUGGAUCCUUCUUCGAUACAUAUGUCUUCAGUUCCGAUGACGUUUCCAGCGAAUCCGACGGUUACAUCUAUUCCGAUGGCUACUUUUCCGAUUCCUGGACUAUUUUCUACAGAGUCGUUUAACUUCGAUGGGAUCCAGUAUUCACCAUACUACUUGACGAAUGGUGAUAAUCCUGGAGCUUCGAUCAUCUCUGAGACGCUUGAUGGUAUGAACUAUAAUACCUGGAUUCUCUCCAUAACUAUUGCACUGGAUGCCAAGAACAAGCUUUCUUUUGUUGAUGGAUCUCUACCUAGACCACCUGAGACGCAUCCACAUUAUAAAAUCUGGUCAAGAUGCAAUAGUAUGGUCAAAUCUUGGUUAUUGAACUCUGUUACUAAGCAGAUUUAUGGGAGUAUACUUCGCUUCAAUGAUGCUUCGGAGAUCUAG